UUAUACUCAACUCAGUAUUCGCGCAUGCGAACUACGGGGAGAUCGCGAAACAGCGGAGUCAGGGAAGGAAGCACGUUGUACUGCGACAGGCAACAUUUUCUCGCAAUUUCUGGCACAAAAAGAACUGAAGCAAAGAUGGCAAGCUCAGCGAAGGAGAACUCUCGAAUGAAGAGCUACAAGAACAAAGCGCUGAACCCACAGUGGAUGAGACGGAGGCGUGAGGAGGAGGGAGUCCAACUGCGCAAACAGAAACGUGAACAGCAGCUGUUCAAGCGUCGUAAUGUGGACAUCCCGGCAGAUGACAACUCCCCUGGGAUACAGGAACCUUACAUCUCUUCAUCACAGGCCCCAGUAUUCCCCACUUCCCCUCUGUACUCACCCACUCUGGAGGAGGGUGGCAUAAUGCCAGAGAUGGUGCAGAUGAUCUACAGUGAGGACCCUGAGCAGCAACUGGCUGCAACCCAGAAAUUCCGGAAACUCCUUUCCAGAGAGCCGAACCCUCCCAUAGACGAGGUGAUACAGACGGGCAUUGUGCCAAGGUUCGUGGAGUUCCUACAGAAAGAAGGGAACUGCACGCUCCAGGUAGGCACACUUCAGUUUGAGGCUGCCUGGGCGCUGACUAACAUUGCGUCAGGCACGUCCCUGCAGACCAGAGUGGUGAUCGAGGCUGGAGCUGUGGAUAUCUUCAUCAGGCUGCUGGGGUCGGAGUUUGAGGAUGUACAGGAACAGGCUGUGUGGGCCCUGGGUAACAUUGCUGGUGACAGUCCUGAGUGUAGAGACUUCGUACUGGACCAGGGGAUCCUCACACCAUUGCUGCAGCUGCUGACUAAGUCCACCCGGCUGUCCAUGACUAGAAAUGCAGUCUGGUGCCUGUCUAACUUGUGCAGAGGGAAGAACCCUCCACCAGACUUCACCAAGGUGGCUCCCUGCCUGCCAGUGCUGGCCCGUCUGCUGUUCAGCAAUGAUAACGAUGUCCUGGCCGAUGCCUGCUGGGCCCUGUCCUACCUGUCUGAUGGACCCAACGAGAAAAUCCAGGCUGUCAUCGACUCUGGGGUCUGCAGAAGACUCGUGGAGCUACUCAUGCAUAACCAUCACAGUGUUGUAUCCUCUGCCCUGAGAGCAGUGGGGAAUAUUGUCACAGGAGAUGAUGUUCAGACCCAGGUGAUCCUGAACUGCUCUGCACUCCCUUGUCUGCUCCACCUGUUGAACAGCCAGAAGGAGUCUAUCCGUAAGGAGGCCUGCUGGACCAUCUCUAACAUCACUGCUGGCAACAGGGCCCAGAUACAGGCUGUGAUCGAUGCAAACAUCUUCCCUGUGCUGAUUGAGAUUCUGAACAAAGCUGAGUUCAAGACCCGCAAGGAGGCUGCAUGGGCAAUCACCAACGCCACGUCUGGUGGAACCCCGGAGCAAAUCAGAUUCCUGGUGGACCAGAGCUGCAUCGGUCCGCUGUGUGACCUUCUGACCGUCAUGGAUGCUAAGAUCGUGCAGGUGGCGCUGAACGGCCUGGAGAACAUCCUGAGACUGGGAGAGCAGGAUGCCAAGAUGAACGGGGGAGUCAACCCUUACGCUGUCAUGAUAGAGGAAUGCUAUGGACUGGACAAGAUUGAGUUCCUACAGAGCCACGAAAACCAGGAGAUUUACCAGAAGGCCUUUGACAUCAUCGAGCACUACUUCGGGACUGAGGACGAGGACGCCAAGCUGGCCCCUCAGAUGGACGAGAACGCCGAGCAGUACCAGUUCAGCGCUGAUCAAAAUGUUCCAGCUGGAGGCUUCCAGUUCUAAGAUCAGCCCCAGCGAGAAAGCCUAGAGAAGCCUGGGCUCUGCCGUUAGCAGCAGGCCAUCUUCAUCAAUGCCUCUCUUCUUAGUGUGCGAGCGAGCGUGUGAGCGGACGGACGAACGUGCGAGAAAGCAAGACAGGGCGUGCCAGAGUGAGUGAAUGAGAGAUAAAAACUCUUCAGCCUCCACUGUCAGAGGAGCCUGCGCAACCAGCCAACUUCCUCCCUCAAAAUUCCACCUGAUUCCAGACUUCCCUUCCUCUGCGGAAUUCCCUUCCAAGUCUUGGACUUAAAAAAAAAAGAUUUGGGAAGACCUGCAGGAUUCAAGUUGCAGUACAAGGAAUUCAAGGAGUCUGGAACUCAAGAAAUGAUGAUCAAGAUCUUCAAGGUCCAUGCAAUAUUCCGAGGAAAAAGGAAUUCUUAAGUAACAUUUGGAAACUUUCUGCAACCUAGGCCUUGAAGAGGAGAAACGGUAAUUCAAGAUGAAGAAAUACUACAACAAGUUAAGAAGACAUUGACAAUAUUAAGAAGAAGACGGAAAAAAAAAACGAACAAAAAAAUGGGAAAACUUCAAGCAAGAAAUGAGGAUUCCAGGAUACUUUCAUUUUUACAAUAAGUAAAAAAAAAUCAAGUUGGUGCCUACUGGGGGCCCAGGUCCUGCCAUAGAGCCAGCCUCCUGCCUCGAGCUCCCAUCCUGUGAAUGAGUGUGAACGCUGUGCAUGGAAUAAAUGACACGUAGCAAACUUAACAUAGUAAACCCAGGGUCACGGCUGUAUUACUUUAAAACUUCACCAUAGAAAAAGAAACAUAAUCCAUGGUAUGCCUAUAAGAAGCAUGAGUAGGUUGAUACGUAUUUUGUCAACAAAAACGUCUAUCUUAUUUUUCUGGCAAUAUAUGGGAAGGUGGACACAAAACAGAAGACUUUCUCCUAGUAGCAAAGAAGGGGAACAGGAAGCCAAGGAAAUAACAUGGCACACUUCUCCUCUCUGAAGGUACUUCUGUUCUUGGAUAAGUCUGAAGUUCCCUUUGAGAUUCAGGAAGUGCCAGAAAAACAGUCUAUGUAGGUAAAUAGUAAUAUACAGGCAGGGGCUUUUCUUGUUUGAGUGUUGAUUUCUGUGCAAGCAUGCUGCAUACUGCUAUUGAAACGCAACCAUACCUCAGAAAAUGAUAGAAAUCCUACCUUAUCCUGCCAUUGUUUACUUUGUUGCCAUUCAGUUACCUGGGAGUUAGGCAGUGAUGUUUAGUCCUAUUAUGGGAAGACUUAGUUACCGUUAAAUAGGCUUCUUCGUGGCAAGUAUUUGGUCAGGGAGGAUUCAUUUUUUGCUGUGAUUUUACCCAUGUAUUAGACUGAAGGUUGCCUAAAAAAGCUUCCAGCAAAAGAGUAACAAAAUGUUUAAAAAAAACAUUGCCAUAACAUUGCAUGAAACAUGGUGUAAAGUUGCAGCACAAUAAGCAGACAAGAUGGAUCCUCCUUGAACCGUGAAGUUUAAUAGUUUGUUUGGGUAUGAGAGAUGCAAGGAAGCUUGUAUUGCAUCUAGGGAAGUAGACAAGUUUCAAACAAGGUCUUUUAACGUGCUGCUGAAAAUAUUUGUACUUGUACUGUGUGUUGCAUAUGGGAUUUUGGGACCAGUUUUGGAGGAAAAGAUGUGGGGAAAUAAUGCUGGCAACCUUUUGUAAAAAGAAUGCCAAAGAAACUUUUGUCAGUGAAAUUCAUAAAAAAGGAAAACUGGAAAUGUUUGGAACGGGAGGGAAAAGUAGAGCAGUUAAAAGGCCUUAGAGGCUCCUAUGAGCCAGUACUAAUAUAGAUAUUUAGUGUGGAGUGUGUGGCAUGGUGAUACAACACACAUGCAUCGCAUGCAGACACACACAAACACGCACGCAUACACGCACACAUGACAUACAUACAGAACAAAUACAUGCGUGUACACACUGCAUACACAAUGUGCCUAUAAAUAACUACAGAUACCAGACUCCUAGCAUUAUCGCAAGUAUAAAUCAAACGUGGUAUUUCUGUUGACAGAUGAAGAAGUAUUUAGUCUUCUAAUAUCCAAAGGUCGUUGCCUUGUGUGCAAAAGACUGGGAUACAUACAGUUUGUUGUUCUUUCAGUGCUGUCUUGAAAAAGAUGAUGACAACAGAAUGUUGACAGGUCAUUUAGGCUUCACUUUUCUAUAAUGUACCUCUUUGCGUCAAUUCCUUUUGCUUGCAUUGUGCCAUCAUCUAAGUAUAGUGUAAAUGUUUUCAUAUUAAUUAACUGUUGUAAGACUACAACAAAUCACUUGGAUGGACAAAGGAUCUUCCAAUUUUCUUACUCAAUGCAUCCUAUACAAGUAGGCAUGUGUUAAGUUUACAAACUCACAGAAGGGUAUAUGUGAAGGUGUUGAUAUACUGUAUAGCAGACAGACAUGCCCUGCUGGCCAAAACUUCUGUCAGCUAACCAUUCUCUUGAGUAAAACCAGCUUAUUGAGUUAAUUUUGCCUUCCACUUUAGCAUUUGAUGUACAAUGUACCUUGAUAGCAUGCCAAUGCUCCCGUCUGAGUAUUUAGAGGUCAUCUUGACAUAACAGAAUGUACAUUGCUCUAUCACUGUGAAUAUGUUACUCCAACAGUUCUCCAAGCCUCUUCCAACCCUGAUUGUGAACAGAUGGAGUAUCCCAACUUCUGACAACCCUUGCAGGAUCUUUAUGUUACAAACAUUAUGUCAGAAAGUAUUAUUACCCUGUUUAUUAGUUAUUUUUGUCGUAUAUUUCCGUCAGGGUUGUCUUUGGGAUAUUCCGUUGCUAGGAGAAGGUUGGAAGAACAAAAACUGUUGGUGACAAUGCAAUAGUCAAUCACAUACAUGUUAAUGCAGUGCCUGGAAGGGUCCAUUUACUAUUGACUGUCAUCUGUGGCCCUUUAAAACUGUAAUGGUAUAUUCCAUCUAACAUUUCUACACUAUUGUAUUAGCUUGAAUUGUAUUUCCAAAAAAAUGUAUUUAGGUUCCUUCCAUUUGUACAGUAUUUAAAGAUAUGUAAAAGUUCUGCAACAAAAUGUGGAUUUCGGUGCAGACAGCCAAAACGAAAGCCCAAAAGGCAAAAGUCACUCUAUGCAAAAUCAAGAAAGUGAAAUUUACAGAGCUUCUAAAAAAAA